AUGUCUGUCUCCGUCGACCCAAAUUUCAAAUCCACUUUGCCUCCCCGUAAGAGAGCUAAGACUCAAGAAGAGAAGGAACAGCGUCGCAUGGAACGUAUUCUUCGUAACAGAAGAGCUGCCCAUGCCUCGCGUGAGAAAAAGAGACGCCAUGUCGAGCGUUUGGAAGCAUAUGUACUCGCGUUAGAGAAAAACAACUCUAUUUUGCAGUCCAACGUUUCCAAGCUCUCGGUAGGUGCUUCUGAAACUCUUUUAAACACCCUCGAACAGCCUCAAGACACAACCGAAUUGAAGGCCUGUAUCUCGAGUACGUGUGUGGUCUCAGCCACCUCUCUUGCUUCUUCUGACGGAGACAUUUCGACAUAUGAGGAUUCGGAGCAGACAGCGGUGAAAAUGGAGCCGCUGUCACCUAUGCUUGUGGCCGAAAAGAACCCCUCUUUGGCCGUGGACGAAGAGUUGAAUGCAGAUGCUUCCAAUAGCUUCUACAACUACUUGAGUCCCGUUUCCCUUGACUCUCCUAUAGAUUUAUCUUUGAAGCAGGAGCCUAACUCAAGUUUGGCAUCCUCCCCUCAAAGCAUAAACUAUGCUUCCCUUGAUCUUCAAGACGGUAUUGUUUCAUUGCCUACCUCGAGACUCGAUUAUUUGGCGCAAAAUUCGGAAGUAAUUUUGUUCCCAAGGGCUUUACUUGCUUGA